AUGCUCAACAACAAGCUACAGAAACUGAUGCGGCAAAAGGAUAACCAGCAAUGGGAACGCGACUGGGGUUAUAAGCCGGUGCACCGAGGCAAGCCGUUGCGGGCGCUUGUCAAAGAAUUCGUCGACGCGCCUAUCCUCCAUGAUAUGGACGCUUAUAAAUAUCGGGACUUCAAUUUGAGACUAGUCAACGCGAUGAUGGAUCGCAGGUCGGGGGCUCGGCUCAUCCGUAACCUGAAGACUCUCCACCGCAGUGGCAUUCUCUGCCGGGACAUCAACACCGGCAACGUACUCAAAGGUCUUUUUAUCGACUUUAGCACCGCCUGGACGGUACCGCACCCGAUGUUAACUCCUGAGAAGAUGCAAGACAGCUACGUUUUCCACUGGUCAGAUCAAGGCUAUCAGGAUGUAUUUGAGCUGCAAGAGCUUCUCGACAUCUGGAACGAGGAGCACGAUUUUGCGGACAGGAUUUGGGCUCGCAUCCACCCAGAUUCCGAAUACUGUAGGAAGCUUAGAUCCUACCAGGACGCACUGGACCCUGUUCGGCGCAUGAAGCGUCCAUACAACAGGGAGAACUAUGGUUGGAGGUUUGGGCCAGAAAAGUACACCUGGCAGGCUGCCGAAAGAAAGAGACGGCUUGAGGAGUCAGGGGGGUUCGGUAAAGGAAAGGCGAAGCCGGCCUGCGUACAUCCAAAACACGUCAGCAACCGAGCCAGAGGCGAAUGA